CAACAGUAGAUAUCGUUCAUUCGUUCGUUCGUUCGGUCGUGCCGUUUCCGAUCGUGAAUGAGUGACAAUAAUCGCGCAGAUUUCUUCAUAGUCUGAGUGCACAAACAGAGCAACGGGAUGUGUGGAGCUGAUGAUUGAAAUUAUUAUGACAUGACACACCGUUUGAUGUAGCUAGUGCUGGUCGGGUUGUGCGUCGAAGAAGCCAUCUGGUCAAGAUACGUGCAGGAGUUGUGUUCAAAACCGAAGAAAUCAACCACAAGUGGUGAAGUGCUUAUAGGAAGAAACCAAACAAAAAGUGUCCUGUGUUUGUGAAUGGAAUAACUACCAAAAAAAGCCGUCAAAACGGAUCCAAGUAAUAGCAGUCGUGUGAACAGCGACAACAGUGCCAGUAGCAGUAAUAGUGAAGCAGUUCGUGCAGAAGGUGGCGGAAGUCGCAAACGAAAGUUAACCGCCAUGUACAAGAUGCCCGAGAUUAAGCCGAUUCCGAUGCAACCCCAACAGCAGCUUCCACAGGGUGGAGGUGGCCCCAAUGGGCGCCAGCCGAAAGCUACCCCCAUUACGGAUGACUACGAGAUCUCCAACACCGUGCUGGGACUGGGGAUCAACGGGAAGGUGGUGCAGUGCACUGCCAAGAAGACAAGCAACAAAUAUGCCUUGAAGGUACUGCACGAUAAUGCGAAGGCCCGACGCGAGGUGGAGCUGCACUGGCGGGCGAGCGGCUGCCGCAAUAUUGUGAACAUCAUCGACGUGUACGAGAAUAGCUACAGCGGAAAUCGGUGCCUGCUGGUCGUCAUGGAAUGCAUGGAAGGAGGUGAACUAUUUCAAAGAAUCCAGGAGCGACAAGAUGGACCAUUCACUGAACGAGAGGCCGCCCAAAUCAUGCAUGAAAUUUGUGUCGCUGUCAAGUACUUGCACGAUUCCAAUAUCGCACACCGGGACCUGAAGCCGGAGAACCUGUUGUACACGUCGCCCCACCCGAACGCGAUACUGAAACUGACCGAUUUUGGCUUCUCGAAGGAAACGUUCGUCAAGGACACGCUGCAGACGCCCUGCUACACGCCGUACUACGUCGCGCCGGAAGUGCUCGGACCGGAGAAGUACGACAAGAGCUGUGAUAUCUGGUCGCUCGGCGUGAUCAUGUACAUUCUGCUUUGUGGCUUCCCACCAUUCUACAGCAACCACGGCUUGGCAAUUUCCCCGGGUAUGAAGACCCGCAUCCGCACCGGCCAGUACGACUUCCCCAACCCUGAAUGGCAGAACGUCAGCCAAGCGGCCAAAGAUCUCAUCAAGGGCAUGCUCAGUGUGGAGCCGGAGAAGCGGCUCACCAUCGAUCAGGUCAUGCGCAAUCCAUGGGUUCGAUUGUACACUGAGGUGCCCCAAACGCCACUGCACACAGGUCGAGUGCUAAAGGAAGGUGAGGAAACCUGGCCGGAAGUGCAGGAAGAAAUGACGCGAUCCCUAGCCAACAUGCGCGUGGACUACGAUCAGGUAAUGCACAUAAAAAAUCUGGACAGCUCGAACAAUGCCCUGCUGAACAAGCGAAGGAAACGGGGCGAGGAUAAGGUUAAGAACUAAACAAGGCACGCCUUCCACCACAACACACCUGCUGGACAUUUCCUGGAAAACAGACACAUGGUUGAGAUACGGCAAAAGGAUAACUGAAGAAAUCAAUGCUGCUGCUUAUUACGCCUGAAAUGCUGCAAAUUGUUGAAUUGUUCCACGUGGUACACGUGUGACACCCGUUUCCAUUGUGCAGCUCAAGCAAGAUGACCGCGAUCGUUGGUUUUUAUUCGUGAUUUUACUAGAUGACGAGGAAACAAUUCUUUUAGUUUUGUACAUACUGUAAGGAACAGAGGCACGGUGGUCGUGGCAUAGUUUGUAAGGUUGAGGAAAGUGCAUAUUGCUAUUUAUUAUCAUUAGACGAUUGUUUGCGUAGCAAACGAUGAGUAGUCCUUAGAUCACAAAAGGUACAUGCUAGAAUCGGGAAACCGAUAGCGAGAGCGAGUCAUAGAUUGAGUGUGCGUGUGGUUCAGCCGAGUUUCGUAAUAUGAGCCGUCGUCGUAGGAAGCAGAGAGUUCAAACGUUUUAACUGUUAUACAUAGGAAAGGUUAGCAGAAAAAGUGAUGAACUAUUAGUCGCUGUGGUUGUUUGGGCCCAACUGCAAUCCGUAAGAGGUGGCCAAAUUUUCUGGGGAAAGCAGAGAACGUAAUAAGGAGACACGUUUUUACAGCUGAUUUUUUUUACUAAUCUGAAGAGACAAUAGCUUUUACCGUGCAUUAUGAUGUUUUAAUCAAUUUGAACGUAUUUUUCGAUAGUUAUUUUUAGUUUUUUGACUUUAUGAAAGACGUAACUACUGCAACGUAUUAGGCUAAGUUUAAGAUAUACGUAGAAAGUAACGUAUCUAUUACGUGCAAUGAUUUAUUUUGUUUAAAUUCAUUGAAUGUAUAAUCAAAAACAUCACUAAGUAUAUGUGCUAAGACAAUUAACUUUCCAACAAUCAAAUGAUAUAGUACCGGAUGAAAGUAUCGCAUCUCGUUUUUUACUGUCGGUGCAUUUAAAUUUUGAUUAUAACAGGUUUAUUUUAUAUGAUUCAAAUAGGUAUAAUUUACGUUUAGAAUUGACUUUUGAGUUAUGAAAAACAGUUCAACUUUCAUAAUCUAUUAUACUCGAACGAUAAAACCAUCGAUGUCUUUGUUUCUCCCGAUUCAAUACAGACAAAUAAUUCUAAGCGAUAUACUUUUGUCUGGUACUGUAUGUUUUUUCCUACUUAGUUAGUAUUAUCAUUUUUGAGUGAUUCCAAGGCUUCUAGACUCAAACUACUGCAUUGCGAUCCACAGGAGAAGUAAGCAGUUCAUUUCAUUAUUUUGGACAA